AUGCAUGAAGAUUUGGGGAUUUACAGAAAAACUAUGGAGCUUCAGGGAAGGAACUGGGAUCACCAGCAGGCAGCUGGCUUGCUAUUCAGUGUGGAUACAGGAGAGAUGGAGAAGGAGAGUCAGACUGAGGAAGAAGUGGUAGCAGGAGGACCUCAGCUAGGAAAGAAUGAAAAAGUCAGAAGGAGCAGGAGACUUCCCAGUAACCUUGCAAAAGGUACAAUCAUGACCGUUUUCAAAGUCCUGGAAAAGGAUCGAGUGGAUUUCCUUCAAAUGAUGAUGGAUUCUCAGACAUCUGAUAAACAGUACAGUUCAAAUGGAGUGGAUCAUACCUACAAAGCACUGACAGAUGGUGAAAUUAUGUCUCAGUCCGUUUUCUUCAUAUUAGCUGGAUAUGAAACCACAAGCACUGCCCUCACAUACAUCGCUUACAACCUGGCCACCAACCCAGAUGUGCAGCAAAAACUGCAGCAGGAGAUCGAUGAAAACUUUCCCAACAAGGCUUCUGUGACAUAUGAUGCCUUGAUGCAAAUGGAAUACCUUGACAUGGUGAUAAAUGAAUCAAUGAGGAUAUACCCAAAUGCAGGACGUAUAGAAAGAAUCUGCAAGAAAACUAUUGAAAUAAAUGGAAUAAUAAUUCCCAAGGGAACAGUCAUUAUGGUACCCCUUUAUGCUUUGCACCGACACCCAGAUCACUUUCCAGAUCCAGAAGAAUUCAGACCUGAAAGGUAA